AGGGCUGCGACCAUUAGCAUGAGAAGGGCUUGAGUAUUGCCUUCUGGCAGGGGUCCCAUCUCUGAUUCUGUCAGGACUAGCAGCCGCAGGGCCACACUGUAAUAGGCCUUAUCUUGUUGACCCAUUGUGUGGAAAAGGGCUACUUCUCUCCUGCAGACUGCUGCCUCUAUCAGGUGUUGGACUGUGCUCCCUCCCCUUAUAGACAGUUACCCGUUUCUGGGCUCAGGGCUCUCUAAUCUAUUAUCACGAUCAACACUUUGCUGUCUCCUUGUUGGAGCCUCGGUUGUAGCUUCGACGCUGUAUUCUGCCACGGCGAAGAGAGCGUGAUCGAGAAUAAGUAAGCCCACGUCUGUUUAGCUUUCUGGGUCUGUUCUUGCAGUUCCCCAUUCUCCCGCCUCGCCUGGCUGCCAUUUGAAAAUUUGGCUCUCAAAAAAAAAAAAAAAAACUGUACGGAAACGUAGGAUAAGAGUUUUAUCUUCAUAUCUUUCCCUGCUAAUUAAUGAAAAAACGAGCUAUCAUCUCGAACCUCACAAUUAACAACAAAAAAUUUAGAUCUCUUUCUCCAUUCUGCUUCUCGUCUUCCGAAUUUUCUUCUUCAUCAUCUUCCUCACCACGGCCUUACCCUCUCUCCACUUUCAUUGUCUCCCUCCAAUCAUGUGCUCACCACAGAAACCUCACAAAAGGCAAGCAACUCCACUCUUACAUGCUCAGGAAUGGUCUCCUUCAUGCUUCCCCUUCAUCUCUCACCAGCCUCAUCAACAUGUAUUCAAAGUGCAACCAAAUGAACCAUGCCCUUUCCUUAUUCCAAACGGCCCCUCAAAACCCAAAUAUCUUUUCUUUUAAUGUGAUAAUUUAUGGGUUUAUCAUAAAUGAAGAUCCCUUUAAAGGUUUGAAAUGUUACUGGGAAAUGAGGGUUCUUGGUGUUUUCCCUGAUAAAUACACGUUUCCCUGUUUGCUUAAAGGUUGUUGUGAUAUUAUGGAGGUUUUAGAGGUUCGGAAGAUUCAUGGGUUGGUUUUUAAACUUGGGUUGGACACAGAUUUGUAUGUGGGGAGUGGUUUGGUUAAGUGCUAUUUGAAGUUUUUAUUCAUGGAGGAUGCUGAGAAAGUGUUUGAUGAAUUGCUUGUUAGAGAUGUUGUGCUUUGGAAUGCUAUGGUUAAUGGGUACGCGCAGGUUGGGCAGUUCGAUGAGGCUUUGAACGUGUUUAGGAAGAUGUGUUUAGAAGGGAUUGAAAUGAGUAGUUUUACCGUUACAGGUGUUUUAUCGGCUUAUGCAAUGAUAGGGGAUGUUGAGAAUGGGAAGGCAGUUCAUGGGGUUGUCGUGAAAAUGGGGUAUGGUUCGAGUAUUGUAGUGUCGAAUGCUUUGAUUGAUGUGUAUGGGAAGUGUAAGUGUGUUGGUGAAGCAUUGAAGAUUUUCAAAAUGAUGGAUGAGAGAGAUAUUUUUUCAUGGAAUUCAAUUUUGUUUGUUCAUGAACAAUGCGGUGAUCAUGAAGAAACGUUGAGACUUUUUAGUAUGAUGUUAAGGAAUGGCAUUCGGCCUGACUUGAUUACUUUGACGACUGUGCUUCCUUCUUGUACUCGGAUGGCGGCAUUGAUGCAUGGUAAGGAGAUUCAUAACUAUAUGAUUAUUAAUGGGUUGUUAAAAGAUGAAAUUUCUGAAGAUAUUGAUGAUGUUCUUAUUAACAAUGGUAUUAUGGAUAUGUAUGCGAAAUGUGGGAGUCUGAGAGAGGCUCACUUGGUUUUUGAUAAGAUGAGCCAUAAGGAUGUUGCAUCUUGGAACAUUUUAAUCAUGGGUUAUGGUAUGCAUGGUUAUGGGGGUGAGGCAUUGGAUAUGUUUUCACUGAUGUGCGAGAGUGAAUUUAAGCCUGAUGAUGUCACAUUUGUGGGAGUUUUGUCAGCCUGCAGCCAUGCUGGCUUUGUGAGCGUAGGGCGUCAAAUCUUAGGGCAAAUGAAGUCAAAAUAUGGUGUGGUUCCUACCAUAGAGCAUUAUACUUGUGUAGUUGACAUGCUUGGUCGGGCUGGGCAGCUUGAGGAGGCUUAUCAAUUGGCACUAACCUCUCCUAGUGAGACCAACGCAGUUGUAUGGAGGGCCUUAUUGGCAGCAUGCAGGCUCCAUGGAAAUUCAGAUAUAGCUGAAGUUGCUGCAAAGCUUGUGCUUCAGUUUGAGCCUGAAGAUAGUGGUAGUUAUGUAUUGAUGUCCAAUGUCUAUGUAGCUGCUGGCAAAUAUGAAGAAGUAUUGGAUGUUAGAAAUAUGAUGAGGCAACACAAUGUGAGGAAGUUACCAGGCUGUAGCUGGAUUGAAGUUAAAAAUGGAGUCCAUGCUUUUAUUAACGGUGAUCAGACGCAUCCUAGAUCAAACUCUAUUUAUGAUGGAUUGCACUCAUUGACUUCUCUUUUGCAUGAACAUGACCAUGUGCCAGAUUAUUAGUGCUAACUCUAUGGUGGAUAUUUUCUCAUAUAAGUGAAUGACAGAAUGCUUUUCGGCCUUUUCUUCACAUAUCAUUGGUGGUAUAUAUAGAUGGAAACAGAUAUGACAGGAAAAAUCAACAUAGUCCAUAAUUCAUGGUUUAAUAAUGGUCUGGUUGCAAGGCAGGUAGCAUUUGGUGGAAUAAUUUGUAUAAUAAGAUAAACUUUUGGGUAUAAUAUUUUCUGGGAAAAUAACUAGCCUGACCAACUUGUAUACUGGAACAUUUCAGCCUUUUGUCUUGUUCAAGUUAGACAACAAGUUUUGGAGUUCUGUUCAUUUUAAAGCUGUUAAGAAGACAGGAGAUGACAGCAAUUGAGGGUACAUAUUAGCGGGUGUACUGUUGUCUUAUUGUUUGUAAUUGUAUUUAUAUUUCUUCAAUUUUUCCUUGCAAAUUCAUAAUGAA